CGCCCUCUCACCCCCGUGGCGGCGGAAGCGGGGGGGCGGGGCCGGCUGUUGGGGCGGGGCCGCGCGCGGCAUGGAGGAGGCGGAGGCCACCGCGCGCGGGGCUGAGCUGUGCGGGCCCGAGAGGCACCCACGCGGGGCCGGAGGCUCCUGAACCAUUCGUGAAAUCAUGGACUGGCCAGGACAGUGGUGACACCUCUCAACUGGCAUGGACAACUGGAAGCCCAGCCCUCUCAUCAAGCCCUUUGGGGCUAGGAAGAAGCGGAGCUGGUAUCUUACCUGGAAGUAUAAACUGACAAACCAACGGGCCCUGAGGAGAUUCUGUCAGAUAGGGGCUCUGCUUUUCCUGCUGGUAACUGUCGUUGUCAACAUCAAGUUGAUCCUGGAUACCCGUCGAGCAAUCAUUGAAGCCAAUGAAGAUCUGGAGCUGGAACAAGACUAUGAUGAGGCCCUGGAUCACCUGGAGCCCCAGAAGCACAGAGGCACUGGUCCCCGGCGGGUAUUGGAUGUGGAGGUGUAUUCAAGCCGCAGCAAAGUGUAUGUAGCAGUGGAUGGCACCACGGUGCUGGAGGAUGAGGCCCGGGAACAGGGCCGAGGCAUCCAUGUCAUUGUCCUCAACCAGGCUACGGGCCAUGUGAUGGCAAAGCGUGUGUUUGACACCUACUCACCUCACGAGGAUGAGGCCAUGGUGCUGUUCCUCAACAUGGUGGCUCCUGGCCGAGUGCUCAUCUGUACUGUCAAGGAUGAGGGCUCCUUCCACCUGAAAGAUACAGCCAAGGCUCUGCUGAGGAGCCUGGGCAGCCAGGCUGGCCCAACCCUGGGCUGGAGGGACACCUGGGCCUUCGUGGGACGCAAAGGAGGUCCUGUCCUUGGGGAGAAGCAUUCUAAGUCACCUGCUCUCUCCUCCUGGGGAGACCCGGUCCUGCUGAAGACAGAUGUGCCCCUGAGCUCGGCUGAAGAUGCAGAGUGCCACUGGGCAGACACAGAGCUUAACCGCCGCCGCCGGCGUUUCUGCAGCAAAGUUGAGGGCUAUGGGAGUGUGUGCAGCUGCAAGGACCCCACACCCAUUGAGUUCAGCCCUGACCCACUUCCAGAUAAUAAGGUCCUCAAUGUACCUGUGGCUGUCAUUGCAGCAAAUCGACCCAAUUACUUGUACAGGAUGCUGCGCUCUCUACUGUCAGCCCAAGGGGUGUCUCCACACAUGAUCACGGUUUUCAUCGAUGGCUACUAUGAAGAACCCAUGGAUGUGGUGGCGCUGUUUGGUCUGAGGGGCAUCCAGCACACUCCCAUUAGCAUCAAGAACGCCCGUGUGUCUCAGCACUACAAGGCCAGCCUCACUGCCACUUUCAAUCUGUUUCCGGAAGCCAAGUUUGCUGUGGUUCUGGAAGAGGACCUCGACAUUGCUGUGGAUUUUUUUAGUUUCUUGAGCCAGUCCAUCCACCUGCUGGAGGAAGAUGACAGCUUAUACUGCAUCUCUGCCUGGAAUGACCAGGGAUAUGAACACACAGCUGAGGAUCCAGCACUACUGUAUCGUGUAGAGACCAUGCCUGGGCUGGGUUGGGUGCUUAGGAAGUCCUUAUACAAGGAAGAGCUUGAGCCCAAGUGGCCCACACCGGAAAAGCUCUGGGACUGGGACAUAUGGAUGAGGAUGCCCGAACAGCGCCGGGGCCGAGAGUGCAUCAUCCCAGAUGUCUCCCGAUCCUACCACUUUGGUAUUGUUGGCCUCAACAUGAAUGGCUACUUUCAUGAAGCCUACUUCAAGAAGCACAAGUUCAAUACAGUUCCAAGUGUCCAACUCCAGAAUGUGGACAGUCUGAAGAAAGAUGCUUAUGAAGUGGAAAUUCACAGGUUACUCAGUGAGGCUGAAGUUCUGGACCACACCAAGUACCCUUGUGAAGACUCCUUUGUGCCAGACACAGAGGGCCACAUCUAUGUGGCAUUCAUCCAAAUGGAAAAAGAAGAUGACUUUACCACCUGGACCCAGCUUGCCAAGUGCCUCCAUAUCUGGGACCUGGAUGUGCGCGGCAACCACAAGGGUCUAUGGAGAUUAUUUCGGAAGAAGAACCACUUCCUGGUGGUGGGGGUCCCAGCCUCUCCCUACUCAGUGAAGAAGCCACCAUCGGUCAUCCCGAUAUACCUGGAGCCACCUCCAAAGGAGGAGGGAGCCCCAGGAGCUGCAGAACAGACAUGAGACCUUGUCCAGAACUCUGCAGGGCUGGGUACUGUGUACCCCUAGGCAGGCUAGCCCUUCACCCAAUCCUGUAGGAUUUUAUAGAUGCUGGUAGGGACUGGGGCUGGUUUGUUUUUAACAUGAGACUUAAUUACUAACUCUUAAGGGGAAGGUUCCUUGCUCCAACACCCUGCUUUGUGAGUUUAAGGUCUAUUUAUUUACUUCCAUGUUGGAGAAGGGCAGAAUACCUAGGAAUCUCUGGGAUACCUAGGCAACAGAUCAAGCCCCUUUUGUACACCCCCUCCUACAGCCUGGCUACAGAAUCUAAUCUAUUUAUUGACUGUCCUGAGGGCCUUGAUUCCUUUCUGGGCUGGAAUGCUGGCCUGAGGGUGGGGCUGGCUCUUACUCAGGAAACUGCUGUGCCCAACCCACAGACAGGCCCAGCUGGGACAUUUGUGCUGACACAGACUCACUCAGAGACCCAUACACACUGGACCAGGCCUCCUUUCAGCCUCUUCUUUGUCCAGAUUUCCAAAGCUGGAUAAGGUGGUCAUUGAUUAAAAAAAGGAGAAAAUC